AUGGAUGACACCAUCCAGAAGGAUACUGCUGCAUUGUCAGUUACAACUGCCCAUGGACUUUUGGCAGGUCAGCCUGGUCGCAAACACUCGGAGAAAAAAAGAAAGAAACAGGGAGAUGGGGAGGGCGCCUGCUGCGACAAGGCAACGGUGAAGAGGGGACCAUGGUCACCGGAGGAGGAUGCAAUGCUCAAGACCUACAUUGAGGAGCGUGGCACCGGGAACAACUGGAUUGCAUUGCCACACAAGAUUGGGCUGAAGAGAUGUGGCAAGAGCUGCAGGCUGAGGUGGCUCAAUUAUCUGAGGCCCAACAUAAAGCAUGGGGACUUCACCCCAGAGGAGGACAGCACCAUCUGA